AUGGACCUCCUCCCGUGGAGCGACCACGUGCACCUCCGCAAGGUUGGGAAUAACAAGUGGAUGUUGAGGAGCAUCGAGACGUACGAGUUCCACGAGUUCGAGGCGCAGGCCGCGGAGCUUGUCCACUCGGACGACAGAGCGAGCAUCGCGGUUGCGAAAGUUGAUGGUAGCGCCGAUGUGAUUGACCUUGACAACCUGUUCAAGUGGAGACUUUACCGUGCGAAGGGUAGCUGGGAAUAUUUCGCCAAGGCCACUGUCGUAUACCCGACCCACACCAAGACGAUACAGAAGAGCGUCGACGACAUGUUCUCGGAUCACAGGAAGGGCAAGGUGAACGUCGCCGUCGGCUCUGGGAACGGGGAGACACAGUUCAAAGUGUUCAUCUUCAAGCGUCAUCGCCAAGGAGGGCAGCGGAUAUGGUGGGACCACAUGUCAUUGCAAAAGUACCUCAAGGUCAAGUCCUACAAGGGCAUCCCGUCGAGUUGGUGGGGUAGGGUUGGCCAUAAGUGGGACGGCAGCUUCCUGCAGAAUUUCGGUUUCGGCUCGAUGAUAUACGGCAAAGUGGUAGCGCCCCAUGCGGUCAAGAAAAUGAUGAUUCCGUUUCGCACGAGGUGCCUCGACUCGAGCUCUUUGUCGACGGCUGGACUCGUCUUCGCAGUGGCCAGGUGCGCGUAUUUGUCGCCAGAGGCUGGGGGCUUCAAGGAGGAGAGUAGCACGCGCGCUGCGACGGAGUUGAUGGACGCCCUCGUCGGUACCUUCCUGCGCAACUGCCAGGUCGAGGGUAAGGCCCCCGCCAUCACUUUGUGCCUCGUUGCCGAUUGGGCGCCACCGUGGCCGUUCCCCACAGAGACGGGCACUCCCCAGGUCAACCUGAGAGUGCAUCGCGAUGGUAUCGACGUGAAGCCGCUGCACAGCUUGGCCAUUGUAUCUGGGAGGAUUUCAGUUGUGACCAAGAAUUUCAGGAUGGUGGAGAGUGUCGUCGGCUCGUCCGACCAGGACGUCAUGCUCGUAUCAUGGGAGAACUUGUUCUCGAACACGGUGUCCAAGACAUCAAGCAAGUUCUUCUCGCAGAUCGUCUACGGCCUCGCCGUGGCCGCAGAGGCCAUCGUGCUCCGCGGGGUCACGAAUCAGGACGUCGUGGACACGCUCAGCCCGAUCAACGUCUGCACGUCCACGAUGCAGGACAUGGGCAGGCACGAGGUGGACUACUUUCUCGCGAAGUACGUCGCCUGCGCGAAGGACACGUUCAAGUCGCCUUUGUUCCUCAACGUCGCCAUCGACAAGGACAGGGGCCCCGCCGGCCUCGGCGGGGGGAAUGGGGGGAGGGGGCAGGUAGGCCAGGUAGACGUGGCGAGCGGCGCUGGGGCGCUGGAGUGGGCGUCAGGCAAGGAUAUCAGAUCGGUGCGGCCUGGGGGGAAGAAGAGCGAGACUACCGACGGGGAUGCUGUGACGAUGAGGGCAAAUCGCCACCGCGCGUGGCUCCAGAGAGGUAGGCGCCAGAAGGGCCAGAGUUGGAGGCCAGUCGUGCUACACCGAGCUGCCGCAGCAUCGUGGUGCACUGCCCUCGACAACGCCAUGAAGCGGGUGACCGAGACCGAUGGCCUUUCGUAUCUUCGGCCCGACGCCUCCGACAAAUGGCACGACGCAAAUUGGCGGAACUGGCCUCACAUGUCGUUGCCGAUGGACCUUGGGCCUGACGGGAUGGCAGGUUGCAACGCUUUGCUUUACAAGUGGAAGUUGAAUCUGACAAGGGUCGAUGAGUUCAGCCACGGGUCGAACGACGACCUCGAGGUCUACCUGAAGGAAAUCGGCAUGUGGGACCUCGCGAUCCUCCUCUUCAUCCGCUUCAACGUGCCGUUCGGGCCUGACAAGGAGGACGACCGAUGCAGGCGCCUCGAGCGCGUGGACACCAUGAGGAAGAUCUACGACGAGGAGACCUACAGGUCGGUGCCGUGCUUCCAGCACUACUGCAAUAACAUAGUCCAGGAGAUGAAGAGGGACGGCUACGAGUUCACAGGGGACGAGCCAGAUGCAGCUGUGGCUUGGAACUUCAUGAAAGAGGAGAACGGCUUCAUCCCAUUGGGGAUGCGCUUGAACUUCUGUCGGUUUUGUGAUGCUGCUGAUGGCUUCGGCAGGAACUACGCGUACUGGUGGGGGCGCGCGUGCGAGCGCGCGUGCGUCGCCUUGGAGCACGACAUGCUUGCGAAUGCGAAGCUCCAGAAGGUAGCGGUCAAGCAGGCGGAAUUGGAUGGGGCGAUCGUGGAGGGGGGCGGCGCUACGAGCAGCGCCAAAGUGACGAUCGACGCGAAGGUGUUGAGGUCCGCUAACGCAAACGCCUUGGCGAUAUCAGUGCUGCUGGCAUCAUGCCGUCGGAACCGCCGCGCAGUAGCCUGCUCGUUCGCCCCGAUGUGGCUUGUGAAGAAGUGGCAAGGGAAGAGCGUGAAGGAGAUGAAGACCGCGGAGGCGACGCAGGUGUGGAUGACCAAUCAGAUCAGAGGGGACUUCAUGGACCAUGUUAUUUCGAUUGUAAACGGCUUGUUGGACGUGCACAGCAUGGAGGGCUGCGCGCGAUCAAGGACGCGCGAUCAAGGGGUGAACGCGGCGCGGGAGUUCAAGCGAGACCUCGAUGUCUUCAACGAGUACUGCGCGUACAAGGGCGAUCAGAGUGCACGGUGCGUGGUCGUGAAGCGCAGCGUCUUCGGCCUGACAGCGACCAAGCAGAUCACCUUGGCGUUCCGCGAGCUCGGGUUCAAUGCUCCGCGCCAGGCGAUCAAGGACAUCAUGAAAGGUCGGAGCACUGGCAUCAUGAAUACGAUUCCUGUCGAGAAGAUCAUUGGCGCCCAGACGAAGUGCUCGCGCUUCAAGGCUUGCAAGAAGUUUCGUAGGCCAGCGACCGCCAUGCAUGCGGCCAUCUGUUGCGGCGUGAUCGACAAGCAGUUGAAGUUCACGGCCCUCGAGGCUAAAGGAGGGUUUGGCCAUGUCACAGACGCGUGGCUGGGCGGCAUAUUCAAGCUGAAGCACAAGUUCGUCUUCUCGAGCCCACAUCAUGGUGGCGAUGCGUGGUGGCACCUUGCGCUGUGUCACUGGCCGACGAGCGGCGUGUUGUGUUGGCCUGGCAAGCUGGUCAAGGUAGAGGGGUCACCCAACUUGUACUUCGAGUUCGCCCUCGACUUGCAGGAGCCCGUGCACGUCGGCGUGUUCGACUGGGCGGACUUCAAGGUCAGGGAGAUUUGUUUCAAGUCAUGGGCCUGGCAGGGCCGCAACAUGCCGCAGGGUUGGGUUGAUGCGAACAAGCCUGGCGCGCGCAUCUUCGCCACGGGUUCGGUCGCCAACAUCCAGAAGCUGGCCGCGACGAAUUGUUUCUGGAACAUCAGCUCCACGGACUUGGGCAGUAUUGCCAGCUACCUGAAGAUCCCCAUUGCUGAGGGUGCGUCUUUGUUCUCCAAGCUGCACGCGAUGAUCUGUUCGCUCUUGGGCAUCACAAGUGAGGCUGCCAUGAAGUUCUUGUGCGCGCGCUGGUCGUGCGAUGAGAACGACUUGGAGUUCGCCCAAGAGUCGAUGGAGGUCGAGGCGGCCAUCGAAGUCUUGGACCAGCACGACCAUGACACAGUGGAGCAGCAGAUGCACGCGGCGGAGACCAGCGUCAAGGCCCACGCAGAGUUCACGGAGGAGUUCGAGGCGAAGCUGCUCGAGCUCGCACGCGCCAAGGCUGGCGGCGAGAAGCCCGAGGUAGGCGCGGGGAAGGCGGAGAAGAUCCCCACUACGCUGACGCAGAAAGAGGCCAAUCAGUACCUGCCGCCAGGUGCCUCCAUCUGGCGCGGCUUCUCUCGCGGUGAGUGGAUGGGGCACAUGCCCCCGUGCAGGCGCGCGAGCGCACCGUGGUCAAAGCACGCUGAGGCUGGUGCCAUGCGAGUUGUCUUGAAGAAGGUGUGGAUCCAAUAUUUGGCGAAGGAGUUCAAGGGCCGCUCUCACUGCCCCUGGCCCGAGCCGUUCGAAUGA